AUGUCGAUAGUAUCGCAGACCCUGCAGGGCGCAGUGCUCAGCAUAACUUCGAAUGUGCUUGCGCAAGCCAUAUCGUCGUAUCAAGACGGCACGCCUUUUGCGCUCAAUUAUGCCACAGUCUUCAAGUUCGCGCUCUUCAGCGUACUCAGCACCCCGCCAAACAUUGUCUGGCAAGGCUACCUAGAAGAGCAAUUUCCUACCAAUGUGCCCUCUGCUGCUCUACCGUCCGAGAAGCCAGGCUCGAAAUCCGAUCCCGCCAAGACGUCCCUCAACAAGACCAACGUCCUUAUCAAGUUCCUGCUUGAUCAGACCAUCGGCGCAGUCGUCAACACACUCAUGUUUUUGGCAUAUAUGGGUUAUGUCAAUGCGCAGGGGAAACCUGGCGUCAACGCCAUGGACGUGGUUACGAGCGACUGCGCGAACAAGCUAUGGCCAAUGAUGAAGGACGGAUACAAGUUUUGGCCUGCGAUAAGCCUUAUCAGCUUCCUGUGGGUGCCAGUAGACAAGAGGGUCCUCUUUGGCUGCUCUGUGGGUGUCGUGUGGGGCAUAUACUUGAGUCUGGCAGUGGGCGCAUAG